UUCCAUACUACGCACUGUACACAUUAGCAUAUAGUAGCUCCAUGGGCUCUAUACGACUUAUUUAUUUUCAACAAUCAGCACUGUGUGAUAACCACUCAAUGUUGUAAGUGAUCUAUUGUUUUUUCUUUGAACUUUUAUACAGUGACAUGUAAUUGGGUGGACUUCUUGUUUCAAUAAAAACUUACUGAAUUCUUAUUUUGAGUUGUUUGCUUCUUUGCUACUGUCAUGGCUAAUUGCAUGUACUUCCAUGUUUGAGGAGCAUGAAGCACCAGGUUCGAGAUCUUUUUUCCACUGAGAUCAUUUUGUCAAUUUCAGAUAUUAAAUUUGGAAAGGAUGGAAGACACAUUCUCAGUCGUGAUUACAUGACUCUUAAGGUUGUCAAGCUACUACGAGGAGAUGCCAAUGUCCUUAAGUGGGCAAGGGCACAAGUCAAUAAUUUUACAGAAGACUCUAUUGCAUUGGAUGAAACAGCAACAAAUCAAAAUUCCAACAUCCAGUCUCAUAUCAAUCUUGCCCUCCUCGAUGUAGAAGAUGACUCGCUAUCGGUCAACAGUGAUUUUGUAACAGCAAAUACAUCUCUUGAGGGUUACCUUAAAGGGAGAUGUAGUCAAACAUCAAGCUUCGAUUGAUGGAUUCGAAAACAUUAUACUAUGGUGAUUACUGUUGUUUAUUUCUUUCAUGUUAGAGGUUUUGGAUGCGAUGUGUUUUCUUGUACCCUCCUCGCCUCUUUGCAACCAAUGGUUAAUCGAGAUUGUCUUUUCGGGAUUGCAUCCACUAUUCCUCUUAUUGUUCUUAGCCAAAGGGUUAUCCAAUAUAGAGCAAAUUCAUGAUUGGUUAUGUAGUUACAUUCAAGACUUAUUGUAAUGCUACAGUUUUACAUUUGAGUGAGCUUUCUUGUGGUCUUUGAAGUUGUGUAACUGUUCUCUC